AAUUUGGAAUUUUUUUAUUUUUAUUUUUACAAAAAAUUAGAGCAAGCAAAAAGAAAAUAAAAUACCUCCAAAUUUUCCACCAAACUAUAGGUUAUAAUAAAAUACACAAGAAUAAUCAAUAUUGAAGACCAAAAAAAUGAAAUUCAUUCCAAUACUAAAACCCUUUAUAGUUCUCUUAAUCACUUUUGGUUUGACCAUUUAUUUUGUGUUGCUUUUUGAGCCAACAAAUUUAUCUUCCACUAAAAAAACUGAAGUUAUGGCUAGAAGUUUCAUUCUUUGGUUACAUGGAUUAGGUGAUUCUGGUCCUGCUAAUGAACCUAUUAAGACAUUGUUCACUUCCCCUCAAUUCAAGAAUACAAAAUGGUCUUUUCCUUCUGCUCCUUCUAAUCCAGUUACUUGCAACUAUGGUGCUAUCAUGCCGUCAUGGUUUGACAUUCAUGAAAUACCAGUGUCACCUAGUUCGCCAAACGAUCAAAGUGGUUUGCUCAAAGCGGUUAAGAAUGUUCAUGCAAUGAUCGAUAAAGAGAUCGAUGCUGGAACUAAUCCUAAUAAUGUUUUCAUAUGUGGAUUUAGUCAAGGAGGUGCCUUGACGUUAGCAAGCGUUCUUCUGUACCCAAAAACUCUGGGAGGAGGUGCCGUGUUUAGCGGAUGGGUCCCCUUUAAUUCUUCUAUAUUAGAGCAAACAACUCCUGAAGCUAAAAAGACCCCUAUUCUGUGGUCUCAUGGUAUGGCUGAUAAGACGGUACUGUUUGAAGCCGGACAAGCAGGGCCACCUUUCCUGGAACGCGCUGGUAUGACUUGCGAAUUCAAGGCUUACCCCGGUCUUGCUCAUUCGAUAAACAACGAGGAGUUGAAGAACCUGGAAUCGUGGAUCAAGACUCGUGUUCAGAGCAAUUCUUGAAGAUCCGCGCGAUAUUCGAUUCGAAAAUUUGUGCUAUCAAACUCCUCCUGGAUUCAAAAUUUGUUGCCUAAUUGUGUUUGUGUGAUGAACUUUCUUUAUAUUACAAAUUUGUAGUUAAGUUGCUUUAUGUUCUAAUGUGUUUUUCUUGGCUCAUUUAACAAAUGUAGUUAUGAAAUAUUGGGCAAAAUAAUUGAAAUGCUGUGAAAUUCCUUAUUA